AUGGAUGUUGCAGCUCUUCGUGACCGCAUACAGUCCACCCUCGACGCCAAUGCGGACAAUCGACGACAGGCCGAGAUAGAUUUGAAAUAUGCAGAGCAGAAUAAUGCGGUCCAGCUAUCCGCCGUCGUCUACCUGAAGAAUCGUAUCACCCGAGGAUGGGCUCCCGCCGAGGACAACCCUCUGCACAAACCGAUCCCAGACGACGAGCGUCCGGCGCUACGAGAGCGUGUUAUCCCCGUCCUUGCGUCGUCGCCGCCGAACGUGCGCGCCCAACUAAUUCCCAUCCUCCAGAAGAUCCUCCAACAUGACUUUCCAGAGCAAUGGCCGGGGUUCAUGGACAUUACCCUGCGGCUACUGAGCACCAAUGACGCCAACUCGGUUUUCGCGGGGCUGCAGUGUCUGCUGGCAAUCUGCCGUGUCUACAGAUUCAAGGCGGGGGAGAAGAGGACGGAUUUUGAUAAGAUUGUCGAGCACUCCUUCCCGCAGCUUUUUGUCAUUGGUAACAAGCUGGUGGACGAGGAAAGUCUGGAGGCCGCUGAGAUGCUCCGCCAUGUGGUCAAGGCAUACAAGCAUGCAAUCUACUUUGAGCUGCCCCCGCACUUGAAGACACAUCAGGCCACCGUCGACUGGUGUACGUUAUUUUUGAGGAUCAUCUCCAAGACCCCGCCUGCCGUCUCGAUGCCCGAUGACGUUGAAGAGAGGGAGACAAACCAUUGGUGGAAGUGCAAGAAGUGGGCAUAUGCGAACUUGAAUCGCCUGUUCAUCAGAUACGGCAAUCCUACAACAAUUACCAAGAGCAGCGCUCCCGAUUAUUCUCAAUUUUCCAAGAACUUCAUCAGCACUUUCGCCCCGGAGAUUCUCAAAGGCUAUCUGCAGGAGAUUGACAAAUGGGUGAAGGGCCAGUGGCUCAGCAAGCCCGCGCUGUCGUACACCCUCAUUUUCCUUGAGGAGUGUGUGAAGCCCAAGGCCAUGUGGGACCACUUGAAGCCCCAUAUGGACAACCUCAUCGCGCACUUGGUUUUCCCACUCAUGUGCCAGUCUGAUGAGGAUCUGGAGCUCUUCCACUCGGAUCCACAGGAGUACCUUCAUCGGAAACUGAACUACUACGAAGAAGUCUCCGCUCCUGAUGUCGCUGCCACGAAUUUCUUGGUGUCGCUCACGAAGAAUCGGAAGAAGCAGACAUUUUCCAUACUGCAGUUUAUCAACGGCAUUGUUAGUAAAUAUGAGUCUGCUCCCGAUGACCAGAAGCUGCCCCGCGAGAAGGAAGGUGCUUUGAGAAUGAUCGGUUCGCUAGCCUCGGUCAUUCUGGGCAAGAAGAGUCCGAUUGCGGACCAGGUCGAGUAUUUCUUUGUUCGCCAUGUCUUCCCCGAGUUCCGGAGCCCGCACGGUUUCCUCAGGGCUCGUGCUUGUGAUACGUUGGAGAAGUUCGAGCAGCUGGACUUCAAGGACCCGAACAACCUGAUGAUCAUCUAUCGAAACAUUCUCGAGUCGAUGACUGAUCCGGAACUGCCCGUCCGGGUGGAGGCCUCCCUUGCCCUGCAGCCUUUGAUUCGGCAUGAUGUGAUCCGGACGUCGAUGCAGCAAAACAUCCCUCAGAUCAUGCAGCAGAUCCUCAAAUUGGCCAACGAGGUCGACGUCGACGCUCUCGCAAACGUCAUGGAAGAUUUUGUCGAGGUGUUCUCGACUGAAUUGACGCCGUUUGCUGUCGCUCUCAGCGAGCAGUUGCGUGACACGUAUAUGCGGAUCGUUAGCGAGCUUCUCGAGCGGAAUGCUGCCAAGGGCGAGGACGAGUACGGAGACUUCCUGGACGACAAGAGCAUCACUGCGUUGGGUGUUCUCCAGACCAUUGGCACUCUCAUCCUUACUCUGGAGAGUACCCCGGAUGUCCUCUUGCACUUGGAAACGAUCUUGAUGCCUGUGAUCACUAUUACGCUGGAGAACAAGCUUUACGGUACUAUUCCUCUUUCCUUUCCCCCCCCC